AUGUUGACACGAGUUAUUGUGCCACUUUGGCUGCUGCUACUAUCGCUGCUUCCUAUUGCCUCAGCGCGUCUAGCAGUAUGGCCACAACCUACCGACGUGGAGAUCGGCGAGGACGUCUUGUGGGUUGAUCCCGCUCUCAGGGCGACCCUUUACUGUGGCAACGAGUCUCAACAGUACUCUGUAGCUUCACCUUCGACUCUUGACACUUUUCUCGAGGGCUCCCAGCAGAGUAUCUUUCAGGCCCUAGGCAGCUGGCAGAAUGUCUUCGGUCUGGCUGCUAAAUCCCAGUUUUCACAGCACGCAGACCCGCGGUCUGAAAAUCAGUACCUUCGAGAAGCUGUGCGAGAGACCCUUAAGAGCCUCCACCAUUCCAAGUUCGUCCCGUGGAAAUUCCACCCACGACGCUCUUCCUUUGAGCCAGAAGCCAGCGCCCAAGGUCGGAGUCUCAUCUCGCUGGAGCUUACUCAAACCUCGUGUCCGUCUUCUUCAUUCGAGCCUAGCAAAUACUUUGAUGGCGACGAGUCCUACGAGAUCAGACUAAAGAGCGGAACUGCUUUCAUUGAAGCAAAGUCCACGGUGGGUUCGUUACGUGCUCUGGAAACAUUCAAGCAGUUAUUCUACGCCCACUCCUCUGGUCCAGUCUAUACUCCUCACACUCCUCUACAUAUCCGAGAUUCGCCAUUCUGGAAGUACCGUGGGCUGAGCCUAGACAUUGCACGCAACCCUUUCUCGGCGGAUGAUGUUGUCCGCACCAUCGACGCUAUGGCAAGCGUCAAGAUGAACAAGCUCCAUGUGCACGCCACAGAUUCCCAAUCGUGGCCGCUUGAGAUACCUGCCCUACCUGAACUCGCAGCUAAAGGAGCCUACCAACCAGACCUUGUCUGGCGUGUCGACGAUCUCAGCUAUGUUCAGAACUAUGGCGCGUCCAAGGGAGUCCAGGUCUUCUUGGAGCUUGACAUGCCCGGCCACACAGCUUCGGUCGCAAAUGCCCAUCCGGAGCUUAUCGCGGCUUACAACCAGUUGGACUGGUCGACUUUUGCUGCGGAGCCACUGAGCGGCCAGUUCAAGCUCAACAGCACGCAAGUGUAUGACUUUCUGGACACAUUGUUCGACGACUUGCUUCCCCGCCAGAGUCCUUACACCUCAAUCUACCACCUAGGUGGGGAUGAGGUCAAUCUUCAAGUUCAUACGCUAGACGAGACCGUGGAAUCCAACAAGCACGAAGUCCUCCAGCCACUAAUCCAAAAGCUGAUGCAGGGCAUCUACGAUAAAGUGGUGGACCAGGGUCUACGACCCAUGGUGUGGGAAGAAAUGGUUCUGGAAUGGGGUCUUGACUUUUCUUCGGGAAAGCAUGGACUCCAGGGACCUAAACCUCUUGUCCAGGCUUGGAUUUCGAGCGAGCAUAUUGUCCAGCUACUUGAGAAGGGCUUUCCCGUAAUCUUUGGAGAUUCAGGACAUUGGUACCUUGAUUGUGGGUUCGGCCAGUUUCUUGAUCCAUAUCCAUCGGGUAAGUCCCCAGUUGGUGUCCCGUUCAACAGCUCGGGGGGCGUUCCCAGUCGCCUGGAGGCACCGUACCUGGACUACUGUGGACCCUAUCACAACUGGAGGUCGAUGUACAUGUUCGAUCCCCUGCAAGGCAUACCUGAGCAUUUGCAUGCUGGCAUCGAAGGCGGCGAGACGCUCAUGUGGAGUGAACAGACUGAUGGAAUCGAUCUGGACUUCAAGUUAUGGCCACGAGCAGCCGCCGCGGCCGAGGUGCUGUGGGCUGGCCCGCGACAGGAGUCGAUGAUAGCGGACGCCACCUGGAGGCUCGGGCAAUGGAGAGAACGUGGUGUUUCAGACCUCAAAAUCUCCGCUUCUCCCGUCCAGAUGACCUGGUGUCUUAUGGAAGGAGCUACGGGAGGCUGCCAGUACUGA